AGUUACUCUUUUACCUCUUUAUUUCCUACCUAGAUGGCCUACGGCUACGGAACCUCUCGUCGUUCCCGUUCUCGCUCUCGAGAUCGUUAUGAUAGUCGAGGAACUGGCUCUGGUGGAUACUAUGGAGGGUAUGGUGGUGGUGGAAAAGGAGGCGGCUACUAUGGGGGUAGCUAUGGAGGGAAUGGUGGGUCGUAUAACAAUACAGGAUUAGGAGGGGGACUACGUGAACAGGACUGGUCCCAAGUUACCUUAUCUAAAUUCGAGAAGAACUUCUAUGUUGAGCAUCCUGAUGUUGCAUCAAUGUCUCAAGAUGAGGUCGACAAGGUCCGUAAGGAUCGUCAGAUCACCGUCGUUCACGGCAAGGGUGUCCCCAAGCCUAUUGUUACUUUCGAGCAGGCUGGUUUCCCUGACUACAUCCUUCAUGAGAUUAAACAAGCAGGGUUUGAGAAGCCCUCCCCGAUUCAGGUUCAAGGUUGGCCUGUUGCCAUGUCCGGUCGUGAUAUGGUUGGUAUUGCCGAAACUGGUUCGGGCAAGACCUUAGCUUUCCUCCUACCAGCAAUCGUCCAUAUCAAUGCUCAGCCUUACCUUCAGAGAGGUGAUGGUCCCAUCGUCCUUGUCCUCGCCCCCACUCGAGAACUCGCCGUGCAGACCCAGGAGGAGUGCAACCGCUUCGGUCGCUCCUCCCGAAUUCGCAACACCUGCGUCUACGGCGGCACCCCCCGCGGUCCUCAGGCUCGUGCCCUCGCCAACGGAGUUGAAAUUUGUAUCGCCACUCCUGGGCGAUUGAUCGAUUUCCUGGAAUCCGGUCGAACGAAUCUCCGCCGAGUGACUUACUUGGUUCUGGACGAGGCCGAUCGAAUGCUCGAUAUGGGUUUCGAACCGCAGAUUCGUAAGAUCACUUCUCAAGUGCGUCCGGAUCGACAGACACUUCUGUGGUCGGCAACCUGGCCUAAGGAGAUCCAAGGUCUCGCUCGGGACCUGUGCCGAGAAGAACCUGUCCAUAUUAACGUCGGGUCGAUGUCCCUGAGGGCCUCACAUAAUGUGACCCAGUAUGUUGACAUCGUCCAAGACUAUGAAAAGAAGGACAAGUUGAAGCAACUUUUGGAGCGAAUUAUGGACGGAUCCAAAAUUGUCAUUUUUACUGACACUAAGCGAGCCGCUGAUGAUCUUACGAGGAUGCUCAGAAUGGACGGUUGGCCAGCAUUGUCCAUCCAUGGUGACAAGAAGCAAGAAGAACGAGAUUGGGUUUUACAAGAGUUCAAGUCGGGCAAGAGUCCGAUUAUGAUCGCUACUGAUGUCGCCAGUCGUGGACUGGAUGUGAAGGAUCUUCGUCACGUUAUCAACUACGAUUUCCCAGGCCAAAUAGAGGAUUACGUCCAUCGCAUUGGUCGAACCGGUCGUGCCGGAGCGAAGGGAAGCGCCUAUUCCUUCUUUACUCCCGAUAAGUAUAAGUUAGCGAAAGAUCUUAUCGGUGUCCUUAGAGAGGCUGAGCAAGCGGUACCUCCUGAGUUGGAGAAGAUCGCUUCCCAAAGUAGUGGUGGGUAUGGCGGAUCAAGUAAUGGCAGAUGGGGAGGCUCUCGAGGUGGCGGAGGAUAUCGUGGUGGCAACGGAGGUUACCGUCGCUACUAGGUUUAUCUGUGAUUGUUGCCUGUUCAUCACCUUCAAUCUAAGAUUCCUCUAUAUGCCUUAUGCUGCCUGGUUCGGUGCCUGACAACAACACUGCUGUUUGUUCUAUCCACUGUAAUUUAUUUUCCACGUCAAUAAACAACCACUGGACCGAGGAUGACGAUGACGAUGACGUUCAUGUCUCUUUUGGAGUUGGCUAAGGCGUAUCUUGGGUCAACUUAGGCAUUGGACAGAAUUGUAUCGAUUCUCAUUACUACGUCAGAAAUUAUUCCCAUUAUCGCUGAACUUCCUCAGCGCACGCAGUCGAAAGAUUCUCUCUUCUCCAAUCUAGGGUCUCCUUGUUUUGGGUAGGGCAUAUCUUUCCGCUGUAUAUAUACAGUC